AUGGAGCGAAAGUCCAACAGAGAUCACUCCCCAGAAAUCAUUGAUCUCAGUUCAUCAGCGGACGAAGAUGAAAACGAAGAUGAAGACUUGCAACGAGCAAUUGCGCUUUCACUUGGGAAUGACUACCCACCUCCCAAGCAUGUGCGCAAGCAUCAAAAGGAAAAAACGAAGAGUCAGGAGCCAAUAAAUUCGGUUCCAGCUGAUUCUUCCACGGAGCCUGUGAAGUCCCACAUGACAACGUUCGGGUCACUUCUUCUUGACCGCAAAAGAAUGGAACAGGAGCGUCAGGAGAGGUUAAGAAAGAAGAGACAACAGGAAAGUCCGCCUCCUCAGACAUCCCGACCUGCCCAGCGGCCGAAGAUCUCCGGCGCUUCAUCGUCGAAAAAUAAACAUUUAGAAACAACCUCAAAAGAUGCCAUAACCGCAACAAGCAAAACGCAUCACACGGAAUCCUCCACUCAAACUCUGCCUUUCGCAAAAGGCGCGGUGAAGAGGACAUGGACGCAAGGGUGCGAACGUCGCGGGGAUGAUAUCAAAAUAGAAGAAGUCUUCCAGAAAAAUGAGCUCAAGUUGGCCGUCCUCGCAUCUUUCCAGUGGGAUGAUGACUGGCUACUAUCCAAAAUCGACCCUUCUCGGACCAAGCUGAUAUGCAUUGCCUUCGCUCGUGAUGAAGCCCACAUUGUGUUCUUGAUCGACUUGCCUCGCCAGGAAGCAGCCAUCCCCUUUGUACCGACCACCUUCAGCUUGGAGCUUUUCCGAUUCCUCAAAGCGUUAGGCCUUGAUGAGAAGCUUGUCCGAAGUUUGGAGAACUACGAUUUUGCGGAAACUAAACGAUACGGUUUCGUCCAUACAAUCUGCGGUUCGCAUACAGGAGACGAGUGGCAGUACACUGGAUACUGUGGCCUUAGUCGAAUAGCAAGAAGCCUGGGGCUGGCAUCACCCGAUCCGGUCGAAAUCGACUUCGUGUGUUCAUCCCUAGGGAAUUUGAAACGGGAAUAUCUUUCCGCCCUUUACUCGGCCUUUCAAGGGAAGUUUGGCGGCGGCCCCGAUGGCGAGGCGCUUGUGUGGUGGAUAGUCGAGGUGGAGCCGCAUCCGCAGGAACGAUAUGUUUCCAGGCAGGCUGGUGGAAUUCGGCCAGUUUCCCCCCCUGGAGAAACAGGUUCGGCGUGGGCCUAUGUCGGCAGUGCAAAUCUCUCCGAAAGCGCAUGGGGUCGGUUAGUCAAGGAUAAAUCGACCAACCGUCCAAGGCUUACUUGUCGAAACUGGGAAUGCGGCAUCAUUUUCUCCGUGCCCACGGCUCGGACGACGUCAAAGGCCGCUAGCUGGCCCCAGGAUUUGGCCACGGUGUUCGGUGGCCAUCUACCUGUCCCAAUGGAGACGCCUGGCGCCGCCUACGAUUUGAUGGACCGAGAGGCCCAGCCUUGGUUCGGGAAAUAG